AUGCGUGCUUUUAUUGUUUUAUGCUUGGUGGCUGUUGCUUGUGCCGACAAGUUGGGCUAUAACUAUCAACCUGUAGGUCACUCUGACUCCGGUCUAUCUUUCGGUCCUGGUGCUGGUGUAGGUGGUUCUGAUUAUGGCUCAUCAUCCAAUGUGGCUCCCAACUAUGCAGGUGAUUUCCCCACUGCAUCUCAUGAGGCUCCAUCAUAUGCUCCUCAAGCUGAAUUAGAUAAAGAGUUCUUUACUUACACCGCUAACGAUGACGAUUUUAAUGAUCCUGCUGCCUCCAACCAAUUGGCCAACUCUGUGAAACAAGGUCUUCGUGUUGUUUUCAUUAAGGGCCCCGAAAACAAGGGACUUGAAGAUGCUGCCCUCGCUUUGGCCAAACAAGCUGCUGAUCAAAAGACCGACAUCUAUGUGCUCAGCAAACAAGCCGAUCUUGGUAACUUGGCUGACAAAUUGAACAACCUCAACAAGAACAACAACAAUAAACCCGAAGUUCACUUUGUCAAAUACCGCACUCACGAAGAUGCUGACAAUGCUCAGAAAGCGAUUCAAGGUCAAUAUGAUGCUUUGGGCGGUCGCUCUAACUCUCAUGAUGGUGGCGUGGUUCCUGUAUUGAACUUUGCCUCCAAGGCCCCCGUUGCCAGCUACAGUGGUGCAUCGUCCGCCCCAUCUUCCUCUUACAUUCCCCCUGCUGGACCCGGUGCCAGCUACUUGCCCGCUUCAAUCUUCCGUGCUUAA